GGUAGGUAAGUUUUUGUGUGGUUUUUGUCGGGAGUAGGACGUAGGUAGCCAACUACCGACAGUGCAAAAAUAUCCACUUUAUUUAAUUUAUAAUUUGGAGCAACGCUGAAUUUUUAACAUUCAAACCGAAAAUCCAUUUUGAAACAUUGUGUUUUUGUUUAAAGAGGAUACCCAUCUCUGUAAGUAGGUUCAAAAUGGAGAAGAAUGGAAAUCCGCCGCCGUACGGAUGGAGUAACGGCCACAUGCAGGCUCCUCCCGCGGCUCCGCCGAGUUAUUCGCAAGCUGUAGGGGGAGUGGGCCCUUCCAGCCCCUAUACUCCACAAUAUCGAACUACAACGGAGCCCCAAAUAGUGACGACUGUGGUGCCCCUGGGGCCUCAAGCGACGCACAUGAUAUGCCCCAGUUGCCACGGAGAGAUUAACACGGCGACGCAGACGAAACCGGGCCUCAUUGCUUAUAUAGCUGGUUCUAUUAUAUGCAUUUUAGGAUUCUUCUGUGGUUGCUGUUUAAUACCGUGCUGUAUAGACAGUUGCAUGGACGUACAUCACAAGUGCCCGAACUGCGGCGCCUAUCUCGGACGGUAUAGGCGAUAAGCAUACAACCUAAUUAAUAACAUUGACAAUAAUAACUGCCUUCCAGACUGAUCUAGUGCAGACAAACGACUUACCCAGUAUUUGUUCUUGUUGUUCUUUGUUAAUAACGAUUUCACAACGAUAUAUGCACAGUUAUGAUGACCGCAUUGGUUUCAAGUUCUUUAUUUUUUUUUUUACUUUUGAAAAAUUAACUUUAAAUUCUAGGUGUCGGUAAUAUAUUUUUCAUAUAUAAUCAGUGUUGUUAUAAGUUGUUAUUUCUUUGUCGAAAAGCAAAAAUAGAAAUACGUAAGCCCAGCGAACGGCCUAAAAACAAGUUAGUCCAUAUACCUAGUGACUAGUCCACUGAAAAGUUAAAUUUUUAGGCCUAACCUUGCGUUUUUUAGAGGACGCUAUUUUAUUUUUUUGGUGUGUAGCUGAGAUCUCCCCUUCACAUCAAAAAAAUAAAAUUGUGUCUUCUAAAAAACGCAACACCAAAUGUGACUUUUUAAUGGACUAAUAAGGAAUCGGCACUAUAAAAUUGUCCGGUUGAACAAUAGAAAUUCUUAACAAAUUUAUUUUUAAGCAAUAUGACACGAGGUUGCCACAUGGCUACAUGCAUUUAUAUCAUCAGUAAAUUUCGCAUAAAAAAAAUGGUAGAAUAGUUCUAAUGCGCCGAUUCCCACUGGAGUUAUGCUUAUAUGUUUGUAUUGAUAUGUUUGAUAAGUUAUGUUUAUUUUAAUUAGAUUUAACCGUCUUUACUAGUACGUACAAACUAAAUAGUAAGUUACAUUUUUUUAUGGUAUUGAAUGAAAUUCAGAAUUCAGUAAACUUAAACAUAUAACUUGCAAAUAUACAUGUAAUUAGAGCAACUAUAGUAAAUUAUAAUACCAUAUCACAGUAGGUAUAAGUCAUAAUAUGUAACAAUGUAAUGUCAUUAAUUCACAUAAAGGUCUAAGAAUUUGUAGUUAGUCUAUUUAAAAGUUAUAUUGAUUGUCGCGUUUCUCAGAGGAUGAAAUUUUAUUUGAGGGGUGUGUUGUUGUGCCGGGUUUCAAGUUCUAUCUCCUAAACUAAAUCCUACAGAAUAUUUUAUGGGACAUUAUUGACAUUAUUUGUUGUGAAUGGAACUGCCUACGACUUUGUUUCUAUUAAAAAUGAAAUUAUAAAACAAAAAUCACUUUAAAAAUUUUGAAACUUUGUUAUACUCUAAGGCAUAAAAUUAAAUUGGGCUAAUCUUUAGAGAUAUUUCAACAAUGAUUUUUCAUUACAGUUUUUUUAUUAAUUUAUGUAAAUUUUAUAGUGCGUUAAAGUUGAUUGGCUUCUUCAAUCCUCGUAAGAAUCUAAUAAAAAACUUUUUUUUUUGUACCAAUUCAUAUCAAUUAUAUAGUUGUAACAUUUCUAUGAGUAUUGAAGGUUCCAAUCUGCUUCGAAGUACUAUUAACCUUAGGUGUUUUAUAUUGUGCCGUUUUUAUAACGCACGCGGAAUGCCCCGCACAUGCGUGUCCGCAAGUACCAUUUUCAUGCAAGUAUUUAUCGUAAUGCGUAGAGAAACGAAAGGCAACAUCCAGGUCCAACAUCUUUCCACAUGCAAGGCAAUCCCAAUUUAUACUAAUAUUAUAUUACUGAAAAGUUUGUUUGUUUGAAUCCGCUAAUCUCAGGAAAUACUGGUCCGAUUUGAAAAAUUCUUUCGCCGUUAGAUAGUCCAUAAAUCGAGGAAGGAGCCACGCGGGUCUCAGGUGAAACCGCGGAACGCAGCUAGUGCGUGAUAAAAUCUAUUAUUUUACACCUUUACAGAAACUUGUCAGUAGUGUUAAGUAAUUUUUCUAACAAUCUCAUAGUUUAUAACUUAUAUUUUUACUUAGUUUUUAAGUUCGAUCUAUGUACUACUUAAAUUAACUGCUUAAAACUGAUUUACAAAAAUAUACUUACUUACAAAUUUGUUAUAAGGUUUAUUUUUGAUGUUACAUUUUUAAAACCAUUAAUGGUAUUUACUACAUCGCAAAUGCAUCAUUGAUUAAAACAGUGAUUAAAGAAAA